AUGCCUACCAUUCAGAGUCAGAGUGUAGAGUUUCCCACGGCUGACGGCCUCUUGCGCGGUCGUCUUUAUCCCGCCCCCCGAAAAGGGCCAGCAUUUAACCUUGUAAAGGAAGUUUACAUUCCUAAGAUAGUUGAGUACUUCCAACAAGCGAAAAUUACAGCGUUGAUUUAUGAUGUCCGCAAUUACGGAGACAGCGAUGGCCUUCCACGUAAUGAGCUCGAUCCGUCCGAGCAGGUUGAUGAUUACUGCGAUGCUGUCACGUAUAUGACAGGCCUACCGAUGGCGAAGCUGGUGAUUGCUGUGUGCCCGAUGACCCAUGAGCCGCUAGGAAAAUAUGAUACCGAGGAGGAUGAAGAGCUGCGAAGAAUGCUCGUGAGAUGUACUCGGGACAGAGUAGCCCAGGUUAAAGGCAACCCUCCGGCCAGAGUACCUACGAUGACUCCCAGCAGCCACAGCGUUUUCGGCUGUGUGCACUUUGGAGCCGGUGUGUACGAUGUGAUGAUGGGACUGAGGUGGACUGUCGCACCAAGUUUUGACCUGGAUUUUUUUUUGGAUACCCCAGUGAUGAUGGUGAUCCCGGAAUCCGACGUCAUCUUCAAGCGUGAUACCCAGUUGAACGUAUGUGAAGCUAUUCCUGGACCGAAAGCAGUUGUAUAUGGUCAAGGGAAAGGGGCACCUUGA